AUGUCUAUCAUUUCUCUUGAGGGAGGUUGGGAAACUGAUGAAUCUGUUGAAGAAGCAGCUUCGAGAGAGACACUUGAAGAAGCCGGGGUUCUUGGCAAUGUUGAGGGAGAAUUAGGAGAAUGGAGCUUCAAGAGCAAAAGCGGAGGAAUAUAUCACGAAGGACGCAUGUUCGCAUUGCUUGUCACUCAAGAACUCAAUCUUUGGCCGGAACAAAAUUCCCGCCAAAGACUCUGGAUGAAUGUGGACAAAGCUAGAGAAGUUUGUCAGCAUUGGUGGAUGAAGGAAGCAUUAGACAUAUUAGUUGAUCGGCUCACAUCUCCUAGACAGCACAAGAUGGAAUAAUAUAUUCCACUUUGUUCUCCAAAUUUGACAAUAAUUUUGUGUUUUUAUCUAAGUGUUUUUUUUGUGUGUGUGUGUGCGCGCGCGCAAUUGUACAUAGGGAACUGCCCACAACCAUAGGUAUGUAUGUCCAUGUAUCUUUGCAAAACAGAAGAUCAAAGGGCUGGUUAGGGCUAAAAUGUUGUGCUCAAAACUCCAUAUUGCAAAGAA